AAAAGAGGUUUUGGGGAUUUGGUAACGUCUGAUUCAGGUUUUUAGGAGCAAGAAGUGCACAACAGCAGCAACAAGUAAACCACAAAGUUGCUUCUUACAAGUGUUUGUUGAGUAUAAGCCUGGAAAUAAGCGCAGUGAGAUUACCAAAGCACAUUGCUUUUGUAACUGAAACCUCACAGUCUGUUACACUAGUCUACUUGUAUUUAUGCUUGCAUACGAUACAUAACCGUGAUCUAUUGUUUCGUGAUCUAUAUUUCUUGUUCUUUCUCAGCCUGUUUUUCUUUCUCUCUUACAGCCUUUUUUUUCUUCGUUAAUGGGGUAGUUUAGUUUACCCUCUUCUGCUUAAAGGGCUUUUCUUUUCUUUCUUUCUUUCCUUUCUUGAGAUUUUGUAAAGUGAUAUACCGGUUUCAUUGAAAAGGACAUCGUUGCUGUGGUUGUUUAUUUGAUGGCUCAUGUUGACACUCAUCUUGGGGGCUCAUCGGUUUCUCAAGUAGAAACAGGAAGCAGUGAUCUGUAUAAGGAGCUUUGGAAGGCAUGUGCAGGGCCACUGGUUGAAGUUCCUCGACCUGGAGAAAGAGUUUUCUACUUCCCUCAGGGUCACUUGGAACAACUAGAAGCAUCGACGAAUCAAGAGCUGAAUCAUCAAAAGCCCUUGUUUGAUCUUCCUUAUAAGAUCCUUUGUCGAGUUGUUAACGUUCAGUUACUGGCUGAGCAAGAGACAGACGAAGUUUAUGCUCAGAUCACUUUGCUACCAACUGCAGAUCAAAGUGAACCUACAAGUCCUGAUCCCUGCCCAUCUGACCCUCCGAAGCAAACUGUUCACUCGUUUUGUAAGAUUUUAACAGCUUCAGAUACAAGCACCCAUGGGGGGUUCUCUGUUCUUCGCAAGCAUGCUACUGAAUGCCUUCCUCCAUUGGACAUGACCCAAACAACCCCAACCCAGGAAUUGGCUGCCAAAGAUCUUCAUGGGUACGAGUGGCGAUUCAAACAUAUAUUCAGAGGUCAUCCAAAGAGACAUUUGCUUACUACAGGGUGGAGUACAUUUGUUACCUCCAAAAGGCUGGUUGCAGGAGACGCAUUUGUUUUUUUGAGAGGUGAGAAUAGGGAAUUACGAGUAGGGGUUCAACGUCUUGCUCGUCAGCAGAGCUCCAUGCCUUCAUCUGUGAUAUCCAGCCAGAGUAUGCAUUUAGGAGUGCUAGCUACGGCUUCACAUGCUGUUACUACUCAAACACGCUUUGUUGUAUACUACAAGCCAAGGACAAGGCAGUUCAUUAUCAGCGUAAACAAGUACCUGGAAGCUAUUAAUAAUAGAUUUUCUGUUGGCAUGCAUUUUAAGAUGAGAUUUGAGGGAGAAGACUCUCCUGAGAGAAGGUUCACAGGCACCAUAAUCAGUGUUGGAGAUAAUUCUGUGCAGUGGCCAGGCUCUAAAUGGCUUUCAUUAAAGAUUCAAUGGGAUGAGCCAGCUACAAUUCAAAGGCCAGAGAGGGUUUCUCCUUGGGAGAUAGAGCCUUGUGUUGCUCAACCUGCUGUUAAGAGCAAGAGACCCCGAUCCAUUGACAUUUCAGUUUCUGAAAUUUCUUCAAAUUUGGCAUCUUCAGCUCUUUGGUAUCAAGGAUCAACCCUUUCCCAUGAAUUAAUUCAAUUAGCUGGUGCUGCUGAAGUCCAAAGCUCUGAAAGCCAAGGUGUCCGGCCUCUGAGGCAGAAAGAACUUGAUAGCAAUCAUUUGAAUGGCAGUAAUGUCUGUAGCUCAAGGGCGGCACCUGAAAGCAUUUGGCCUACUUCUUAUCUAGAUGUCUCUCUAAACCUGUUCCAGGGUACAGCAGAUGACGACAAAAACAGUGCAGCAUGGUCUACUCUGUCUGGUUUUUCAUCAAGUCCACAUGAUGACGUACUUAAUGAUUGGGUGGAAAAAGGCAAGCAGUCUGAGACUUCAACAGGUUGCCGGUUGUUUGGAAUUGACCUGAAACAUAGUUCUAACAUUGCUGCUCCUUCAGCAAAGGAAGUUGUUGAUUUAACUUUUGAAUACAAUUGCAUUGAAGGGUCUAUUCCGGUUGCAUCUGAUUCUGAUAAGGCCCAAAAUUCAGAUUUUUCAAAAUCCUUGAAGGAACUGAAGCAAGUGAUUCCAGAGGCAUUACCAAAAGAGACACAGAACAAGCAGGCUUCAGCUAGUUCCACAAGAACUCGUACGAAGGUUAAAAUGCAAGGAAUUGCUGUCGGACGAGCUGUUGAUUUAACUGUAUUGAAAGGGUACGAUGAUCUCAUUGAUGAACUAGAGAAGAUGUUUGAAAUUGAAGGACAACUUCGUCCAUGUGACAAAUGGAAAGUGGUUUUUGCUAAUGAUGAGGGUGAUAUGAUGCUGGCAGGCGACAAUCCAUGGCAGGAAUUUUGUAAAAUGGUGAAGAAGAUAUUCAUAUAUUCAUGUGAAGUGAAGAAGAUGAGCCCAAUACGCAAGCUUAAUGUACCAUCUGUAGAGGGUGAGCGGACUGUUAUAAGCUUGGACGACUCAGAUAACUAGUCUGAAAUCUAAAUGUACAAAAACCCUAUUGAUUUUACAUUUUUUUCCUAAAAACUUUUAAAGCAAGGUGGUGGUAGUUCACUUUUGCUGGGGUCUUUCUGGAGCCUUGAAUGAAGGAGAGCUAGCAGAUUCGUACUGGUAAAAUUUAGAGAAACUUAUGGAGGUUUUUAAUACUAGUGUGGUUUUAAUGUAGAACAGUUUGUAAAAAUAUAUACAUGAAUACUUUGUUGGCGUUUGAUUUUUCUGGAAGUAGAAAGUUGUGACCAUUUGGCCUGUAA